AAGACCCAGACCAUUGAGAAGAGGCCACGAAAGCAGCAGGAGAAGAUCCAAACACACUCAACUCUUCCAUCCAUUGAACGUGUGUGUUCAGAACUGAAAGAAGCUCUCAAAAUGAAAGGCGUUCAAUAUCUCGCUGGUCUUCUUCUGCUCCUCUUUGUUCAAAAGAGCAUCUGCGUCCCACUGCAAGACGACAACACAAGCACAGAGACAGUAGAAGGUCUUCUGGCGAGAGGUCAGGGAUUCACGACCGCGAAGAGACAUUCUGAGGGAACUUUCUCCAACGACUACAGCAAAUACUUGGAGACCAGGAGAGCGCAAGACUUUGUUCAGUGGCUCAUGAACUCGAAGAGAAACGGUGGUUCGGCCAAACGUCACGCUGAGGGAACCUACACCAGCGACGUCAGCUCCUACCUGCAGGACCAGGCGGCCCAGAACUUUGUGGCCUGGCUAAAAUCUGGACAGCCCAAGCAAGAUGUUGCAGACAACAGAGGCGCAAAUUUGCCACGCAGGAGGCAUGUAGACGGCAGUUUCACCAGUGACGUCAACAAGGUCUUGGACAGCAUCGCUGCCAAGGAGUAUUUACAAUGGGUGAUGAACUCUAAGGCGUCAGGGACAAGUGGCAAACGUGGCGGAAAUCAUUGAGGAACCAGAGGGCUUCCCUGCAGGAGCUUAAAUUUGGAUCCUGAAGGGGAUUCAAUCAUCAAAAUGAAUGAAAGCCAUGUCACA